CACAUAAAUGAAGAAAGUGCAAUUAAUGGUGGAAUGAUCAUAUAUGCUUUAACUGCUUAAACACUAUACAGUUUAUAUAAAAAAACCGAUAUCUGUUGUCUUCAAACUCUUAAUUGCCUCGUGGAUCUCUUAUAUUCUUGGUUUCUCUCUUUUUCUUGGUCUGGCAAAAUUAUGGCGUCUCUCAAAAGAGUCGGCAUCUUCUUCUUCACUGUGCUUGCUCCUGCCAUUUUCUUGCACAAAGUGCAUUCUAAAGAUGAAGAUGAAGACAAUCUUCUCCAAGGCAUCAACAGUUACAGAACAUCACUAAACCUCCCAGUCCUGGUCAAGAACAGCAACGCCGGUUGCCUUGCAGAUGAAAUUGCUGAAAAGCUAGAGCACCAACCAUGCACCAGCGCCAGCGCUGCCAGUGCCAGCUCCACCCCAGGCGCCGUGUCUCAUUUACCCAACUUUCCAGAACUUGUGUCAAAAUGCAAGAUUGACAUCAACACCACCAGAGAUGCUGUCAUCCUGCCUGCCUGUGUACAUGAACUGGUUCCUACUCUGGUUCUGACCAACUUCACACACAGUAGAUACUCCAAGUUUCUGAAUGAUUCCAAGUUUACCGGCGCAGGACUUGGGUCUGAAGAUGAUUGGAUGGUGGUGGUUCUGACCACCAACACACCUGGGGGAAGCUUUGCCAGUGGAUCUGGGUCUGGUGUGUGUUCAAAGAUUGGAGCUUUGGCGAUUCUGGUGGUGGGUUUGGUGGUUUAUUUCUUUGGAAUUUAGGAAUUUGAUAAUGUGGGUAUUUGUGGGUUGUGAUGUUUGUGGGUUGUGGAAAAGAUUUAAGCAGGGAGGAGGAGUUUAAUUUGAUGAAUUAAUAAUGUUAUUUGUGUAGGUAAUGGACAGUUUGAGCUUUUUAAUUUCUAUUAAUAAGUA